AUAAUGUGAAUCUCCCCAACCAUUGGUGCGUGUAUAUAAGAGAAGACUGCGAAGCAUGGGCGUGAGGGUAAGAAUUGUUGUUCAGGGUCAGGGGUAAUUGUAAUGGCAGAAAUUCAGGAUUUGGAGUCCAUGGAGGAGGGAAUGCUAAAUGGAGAUCACUCUGGUCCCUCUGUGGUGGCAGCUGCAGCUGCAGCCGCAGGCGGCAUCAUCGAAAAUAAUGCUAAUGUCUUGGAUAAGUGUUUAAUUGGGUCCGUAAUCGACCAAGGCCGCAACCACAGUGAUGCUCAGCGGCAGGAGCCCCAAAUGCAAAAGGUCUCUCAGCGGAUGCGGCAGAGAAAGGAUAACGACAGGUUCUUCGACCCUGCUGUGGUUUCCAUUGGCCCUUACCACCACGGCAAAGAAGAGCUGAAAGCAGCAGAAGACCUUAAGCCCAGAGUGGCUUUCGAGUUGACCCGGCGUCGCCCUGAGGAUUUCUACAAGAAGAUCUCAGAGAAGAUCUCAGAGGUCUUAGCGGAGGCAAAGAGUUGCUACCUUGAGGAUUCAAUCAACAACUACGACGACGAUGCGUUCUUGAAGAUGAUGUUCCUCGAUGGUUGUUUCAUUUUGCAUUUUUGGGAGCAUCCUUCUUUGUUCUAUAGACAUUUGGGUCGUAAGAGUGCAUCUGCACUGUUCACUGACAUUAUUUUACUGGAGAACCAGCUCCCUUUUGUAGUUCUCCAAGCUUUCAUGGACUUGAUGUACCCAGAAGAUGGAGGAGAAGGUCUCAUUAAUUCCAGACUCAAUUUUUAUUUGGGAUUUGCCAAAAGAAGAGCGACAUGGCGGGGAAAUGAAGGUGACAAGUUCCUGCAUCUCCUACAAAUCUUGCGAUCGAAAUUGAUUUUUGAUAUAAAAAGCAAUAGUGAUCAAACUAGAAGUCCCAAAGACGGGGGCAAAAAAGAAUUUCGUCUACGGCAACACUUCUUUCGUUCCGCAAUUGAGAUAAAAAGAAAAGGGAUCCAUUGCAAACCUAGCAAUACAAAUUUCGUGACAGAUAUUAGUUUUGUUUCUCACUUCCUUUAUGCAGAGCUAAAGCUCCCACAAAUAACUAUUGGUCCAUAUGCCAAGCAUGUCUUUUUUAACAUCAUCGCCUAUGAAACAGCCCCGAACACGCCUACUAAGCUCGAAGUUUCAACCUACAUAUUUUUCAUGGAUUGUUUGAUCGAUGGAGUCGAAGAUGUAAGAGAGUUGCGAUCCCAAAAAUUGAUCCGCCACUACCAAAGCAGCGACGAAGAGGUGGUAAAAAUGUUCAUUGAUACGGGAGCAGAGACGAUGUGGAAUUUGUAUUUGCUGGAAGAAGUCAUUAAUAAAAUUCAGAAUCACUAUGACAAACAGAUUAAUACAUGGGUUGCUCAAGUAGUACACGACCAUUUCAGUACCCCAUGGAGUGUGGUUGCCUUCUUGGUCGCUAUUUUUGUUAUUGUUUUGACUAUUGUCCAAACCUAUUUUGCAAUUUAUCCUCGUUCUUAAUGUAUUGAUCAAUCAUCUAUUCUUAUAUAGUUGUGUUAAACAGUAAUUCUAGUAUGAAAGUGAAAAGAUUGUGGUUGAACCCAUCUUUAAGGUUGUAAAGUUUUAGUAGUAAUUGAACGUUCUUAUUAUGUGUGCUUCUAAGAAAA